AUGGAAGCGCUCUCCAUCAACGACGUCACGCCGGUCGCGAUCGACGACGCGACGGCCCCGGGCCUCGCCCAGCACAAGACCGCCAUCCAGGGCCUCUUCAAGCGCCGCCGCGUCCGCAGCCCGGCCAAGGGCCAGCUCAUUGAGGUCAAGGCCACGGAAGUGACGCUCUACGGCGACGUCGCGGAUCCCUCGACGUACGCGCUCUCGAAGAAGCGCCACACGCUCGAGCAUUUGCGCGAGCAUGCGCAUCUGCGCCCGCGCUCCAACAUCCACUCGGCGGCGAUGCGCGUCCGUAACGCGAUGGCCCAGGCGACGCACUUGUUCUUCAACGAGCGCGGCUUCCUCUACAUCCACACGCCGCUCAUCACGGCGUCGGACUGCGAAGGCGCGGGCGAGAUGUUUGCGGUCACGACGCUCUUCAACCACGUCAAGGACGGCAACGUGCCCAAGACGGCCGACAACAAGGCGAUCGACUUCUCCAAGGACUUCUUCGGCAAGCCGUCGUACCUCACGGUCUCUGGUCAGUUGAACGUCGAGACGCACUGCUGCGCGCUCUCGGACUGCUACACUUUUGGCCCGACGUUCCGUGCUGAGAACUCCAACACGGCGCGCCACCUCGCCGAGUUUUGGAUGAUCGAGCCCGAAAUUGCGUUCGCGGACCUCAGCGACGACAUUGACCUCGCAGAAGACUACCUCAAGUACUGCGCGCAGUACGCGCUCGACAACUGCGCCGAGGACCUCGCGUUCUUUGAUAAGAACGUCGAGAAGGGUCUCCUCGAGCGCCUCCAGUCGACGAUCGCGUCGCCGUUUGUGCGUCUCUCGUACACGGACGCGAUCGAGCUCAUCAACAAGCCGGAGAACCUCAAGAAGGGCAAGUUUGAGAAGAAGCCCAAGUGGGGCGACGACCUCGGCUCGGAGCACGAGCGCUUCAUCACGGAGCAGAUCUACAAGAAGCCGGUCGUGCUGUACAACUACCCCAAGGAGAUCAAGGCCUUCUACAUGCGCUUGAACGACGACGGCAAGACGGUCGCGGCCGCCGACGUCCUCGUGCCCAAGAUUGGCGAGAUCAUUGGCGGCUCGCAGCGCGAAGAGCGCCUCGACGUCCUCGAAGCGCGCAUCAAGGAGGCCACGGGCCACGACCCGGCCGAGUACGGCUGGUACUGCGACCUCCGCCGCUACGGCACGGAGAUCAAGGCCUUCUACAUGCGCACGGGCAUCGAGAACAUCCGCGACGCGGCCGCCGACGUCCUCGUGCCCAAGAUUGGCGAGAUCAUUGGCGGCUCGCAGCGCGAAGAGCGCCUCGACGUCCUCGAAGCGCGCAUCAAGGAGGCCACGGGCCACGACCCGGCCGAGUACGGCUGGUACUGCGACCUCCGCCGCUACGGUACGGUGCCGCACGCCGGCUUUGGCUGCGGCUUUGAGCGCCUCGUGCGCUUCGUCACGGGCAUCGAGAACAUCCGCGACGUCAUCCCGUUCCCGCGCUGGCCCUCGAACGCGUCCUUUUAA